GUGUCUACACAAGAAUUUCCAAGUAUGUUCCAUGGAUUCAAGGUGUAAUUGGAAAAACAUCAAUGAGAAGUAGUGUCACUUCAUCAUCUCCAAUUUAUUUCAAUUUUCUUCCAAUUUUCUCAAUCAUUUUAACAGUUUUGUGGUGAAAAAGAAAUGACAAUAUCUUAUUCUGGUAACUUUUUUCGAUUACUUCUCCGAUGGAAAGGUUCAAUUUGGAGAUCCGUUUGGCGAGAACUUUUCUUGUUCCUCUUCCUAUUUUACUUUAUCCGAUUCUCAGCACCACAUUUUUUUAAUUACACGGAUCCAACAGACUCAAAAGGUUAUCGGAAAAUAUUCAAAGUGAUGUGUAAUGAGUUUCACGAGUAUACCAAAAUGAUUCCAUUGACUUUUCUAUUGGGAUUUUAUGUUUCAAAUGUAGUUUCAAGAUGGUGGCGUCAAUUCGAAACCUUACGCUGGCCUGAAGAUUUUCUAUCAAUUCUGUGUCUUCUGCUCCCUUCAAAAGAAUCUCGCCCAGCCCGUCAUCAAAUUGCUCGUUACCUUAACCUUACUUCGGCAUUGGCAUGGCGUGACGUAUCAACAAAAAUUCGUCUUCGUUUUCCAAGUCUUCGGAAUAUCAUCGAUGCAGGUUUAUUGACGGAGAAAGAAUAUGAGAAGUUGCAAGAUAUAAAUGAACCAUCUCCUGGAAUUCGAUGGCUGACACCUCUUCAUUGGGUUCAACAACUGAUUGAUGCGGAAAUUACAGCUGGAAGAGGAUCAGUCAAUUAUGUAUCAGUGGCUACGAACGAAUUGAAGGCAUACAGAAUAUCAUUUAGAAGACUUUAUUGUCAUGAUUGGGUCUGUGUUCCAUUGGUUUAUACUCAGGUAGCCGCUCUUGCCACAUAUUCCUAUUUCUUCUUCUGCUUAUUCGGUCGUCAAGAUCUGAAUCAUGAUGAUUUCUAUUCUCUUGAUGCUUUCUUCCCACUUUUCACAGUUGUUCAGUUUCUUUUCUUUGUUGGAUGGUUUAAAGUCGGUCAAGAUUUGAUGCGUCCAUUUGGAUUAGAUGACGACGAUUUUGAAUUAUCUUACAUAUUGGAUAGAAAUAUAGUCACAUCAUUCACAAUUGUUGAUUCACUUCAAGAUGAUGAUCCACCAAAAUUCGAAGAAGACGUGUUCUGGAAACAUCACAACGAGCAACAACAAAUGCAUCAAAGUAUGUUCCUUCCAAGAGUUCCGACUUCUUUAAAAUGGGGACGAAUUGAUUUGAGUCGAAAUGCUCAUAAGCAUCCACCUAAAUUGCAUACAUAUCUCGAAAUGAAGAAUCAGGAUCCAGAAGAAUAUAAAAAUCGAAAAAAUAAUAAGUUUAUUGCUUGGUAGAUUACUUUUUUAAAUGUUCAGUUCUAUUUCAUGUUUCGUUUUCAUAUUUUAAUGAAAAACCAAUUUUUUUUUUGUAACAAAUUCGGGUAUUGUUUUUCGUCAGAAAUUCAAAUAAAGUAUUUAUUGUUC